AUGAUCAGUGCUGUCCUUCGAAUCAGAAGGGUAACAGUGUCUUUCCAUCUGGGGAACCCUCUGGGUACAGGUGUCAAACGGCGAGGGCGCAGCUAUUUCAUCUUCGUAGGUUCCAAGGAGACUGCUUUGAUUCUGCGAGAAACUAUCGGACCAAGGAUACUGCUGGACUUAUUUGCCUCUCCAGAGCUGAAGCAGCGUCCUUUGCUGUACCAGUUCAUCCGAGUCAUACAGGAUAAACCCAAUGGAAAUGCUUCCUCAUACACCAAGACUCUACAAACCCAUCUCAGCCCUGAUAACGGCACCUUCAUUCACUCUCGGAGGUGGUGGAGUCUUUCCAAGAAUGGACAACCCAUAUUCCGCUACUCAUAUCUCUAUAACGUCAACUUCCACUCCGUGUACGUCAUCCGACACGUCAACCCGAUCAACAGGAUCUCAAUCGACCACGGAAACAUCGACUCAAACAAUCAUGCCCUCGAGAGGCUAUUCAUCGCCGGUACGUUCAAUUGGGAGGCACGGUGGCUCAGUAAAAAAAACCGUGUGGUGUUGACCAAUGGUCAUCGCUCGACUGAAAGCUAUACCAGCACUGCCUUCUGGUCAUCCUCGCUGCCAUCCCAAAGUGGUACAACUUCUCUGACCGCAAGUUCGCCACGAACCUCUCCCACGGAUUCGGAAACGAUGCAGUCAUCUGAAACCACAGACAGCCAGACGACCCUAUCUCUUUCAAUAACCGCGACGCUUCCCACCGCACUCAGCUCGUUGUCGGCAAAGCCUCGGACAUCACAUGGGCAGAAUCUGGGGAUUAGGGUUGGAAUCGCGAUGGGUUCGUUAACAGCCAUUGCGCUCGUUGUGCUUGGACUGUUGUAUUUCCGCAAGUGGAGUAACUAUAGAACUCAACGGGCUAAGGAAGAGUCGGGAUUGCAUAGCGAACCAAGCUACCCCGACUCGUCUAUAUGUGCCGACGACGAUGCGGCCUCCCACUUGUCCGAAUACGAAUCGGAGAAACCCAUCACAGCUUGGGACCCACGGCUCUUUAUACGAGAGAAGACGCAUACCCCGCCUUCGCUCUCGCCACCAAUGCAGCCUACCUCACUUUCGACGUCGAUGGCUAGCUGCAGCCCCGACAUCUCCCGCAAAGCCACUAUCCUGUCCUUGCUCGUCGCUGGCGCAAACGCGGCAUAUACACCCAAGCUUAAUGAUCAAGCCAAUCCCUCUCUCAAUCAGCGCGCGACAUCUCAACUGGGCUGGCGAGCUGGCCCACCGUCCUCCUCAUUGGACAGACUUCGUCUUCCGGAAGGCCACGCACAUGAACAACACGGUGACUACCCAUGCCCACCUGGGUGCAAUCACGGAGGUCAGAACCAGCCCCUUCCCCGAGGUUUGCCCAAGAGCCUCAUGCCGAAAACUGUCGACAUCGGAGACAGGAGACUGCGCCCUACCUCGCUACUACUCCACCAGAGGGGAUUUACAACCGUGACGACGACGACGGUCUUUACGACCAGGACGUCCACUGUUAUCAUCCAGCCUCAUCUACCCAACCAGCAGAAUCGAACGCCAUCACAGUCACAGUCACUUGCAACUACCCAUCCCGCGACGCCCCCCUCUUCUUCUAGCCCGCCAUCGCAGGCCAUGUCAAACACACCAGGGUCCGCGAGCAGUAGCAAGACGUCAUCAUCGACUUCGGACAAAAUAAUCACACCAACCAGAUCAUCACCGUCGUCCGCCACAACUAUCACGACCUCUGCACCAUCAACUGCAAGCUCAGCUUCCCAGACAAACAGCUCAGAUAGACAGCCGCCGCAACCAGGGAGGGCAUUGAGCGAAAGGGUCAAGAUAGGCAUUGCAGCAGGAGGCGGCAUGAUAAUCCUCAUACUCGUUAUCAUUGCGCUAUGUCUGCGGCGGAAAUACCUUGAGAAGCAUGAGAUGGAGAGAACUGCAGCGCGGCCCGCAGACCUAAACCCUCCACCGUACCUGCACCUCUCCAUUGUCACUCCCGAGAAGACGCGGUCCACGAGCAAGGGGUGGGUAGACAGGCGCAGCGUGGCCUCAAUCGCGUACUCUGCGCUAUCCCCCAUGUCCUUCGUGAUGCGGCAGAGCGAUACCGAGUCGACAGCAGAGGCGCGGACGGCUGUUGAGGACGCGGUCGACACAGCGGCUCACACACGCACCGCGCAAUCUGCGCACAGCAGUACGAACGAACGACGGCGGAUGAGGGCCCUCCCCCCUCUUCCCAAGAGUAGCAAGAGGCAAAGUACACCAACCAACGCCAAUAAACUCGCACCUGCUAUCCCCAUUACGCCAUUCCUAACUCGCGCACUAAAACCUCAGUGGCGAAACACAGGCACUCCCGAGACCGCGUUCUGA